CGUAUCCGAGCCCCUAACCAGUCUCCUAAAGUCGUCCUUGCCCAAUCGAUCACCCAAACAGGUGAUAAGUCGCGGUGAGACGAGCCUGGCCCAUCAUUGCCGUCAUCAGCAUGGUUGGAUCAUCCGAAGCCAUCGAUAUCUCUGAUGACGAUGGUGUUACUGUCUUGUCGCAAUCGCUCGACCAGAGCGACGAAGGCCCGUCCAAGAAGAAACGCAGGGUAGAGACUGCGGCGGUACAAAAAGUCGGAUGGACAGACGAUUCAGACGAUGUGGGGUAUGAAGCCUUCAAGAAACGUAAGAAAUAUCAAACGAAACCUCGCAAAGCUGAAGGCAAGGGGAAAGCUGUCUCCCGAGGGUAUCUCGCAAACAAGGGUAAGAAGGCACGGCACGCGUCUUCACCGGAUGAGGAUUGUGCCGAGAAACAGUUGCCUGAGCAUCUGCGAAAACGUCGCGAAGCCUUUGACAAGAACAAGGCGAUGCUAAAGAGAGGCGGGUUGCGCUUACCUCCGGACUAUGAGGGCAUAUCUUUUUCUGAUGAUGAGACUCUCGAGAACCUGGAUGAGAGGCCUCAAUUUGAUGAGAUGAGCGGCAUAAAACCAUCCCGCGAGUAUAAAGAUGUGCCUCUCGAGCAUUCGGCCGGCUUCAUCCCUGCGUCCAUCGCCCAAUAUCUCCGGGAUUAUCAAGUUGAGGGGGUGAAAUUCCUUCAUUAUCUUUUUGUCUAUCAAGUUGGUGGAAUCCUCGGUGACGACAUGGGCCUUGGGAAAACCGUACAGAUCGCAGCAUUCUUAGCAGCGGCGUUUGGCAAGACUGGGGACCGCCGAGAUGCCAAGAGAAUGCGGAAGUUCAGGCGUAAUUCUGAACGUUGGUAUCCUCGAGUCCUGAUCAUAUGCCCCGGCUCUUUGACCCAGAACUGGAAGAAUGAACUUUCUAGAUGGGGAUAUUGGAAUACGGAUCUUUACCACAGUGUCGGGAAAGAAGAUGUGCUUGACACUGCUCGAGCAGGCCGUCUUGAAAUCAUGAUCACGACAUACUCAACUUACAAACUGAAUUACGACCAGAUCAACAAGACGCCAUGGGACGUAGUUGUCGCGGAUGAAUGUCAUUGUAUCAAGGACCCCUCAACCGGCGUCACUCGAGCGAUGAACGAAGUCAACGCCCUCUGUCGCAUUGGACUGACCGGCACUGCCAUACAGAACAAGUAUGAGGAACUGUGGACAUUACUCAACUGGACUAACCCAGGGAAACUGGGUACCCUUGGAGAGUGGAAGCAAUUUAUUUGCAAGCCACUGACGGUUGGACAAAGCCACGACGCCACGGCCCAGCAACUCAAGGUCGCGCGUGAAACAGCAUCAAAACUCGUCAACCACCUCUUGCCACAGUUCUUCUUGCGCCGGGCUAAAAGUCUGAUUUCCCAUCAGUUGCCAAAGAAGAGCGACAAGGUAGUAUUCUGUCCCCUCACGGCUCUCCAGGAAGAAGCAUACGAGAACUUCAUACAGGAUCCGCUUGUGGAUUUUGUCAAGUCCGCGUUUGUUCAAUGCGAAUGUGGUUCCGACAAGAAACGAGGCUGGUGUUGCCAUCAGACCACAACUGAGGGCGAAAGUUGGAAAUCACUGGUUUUUCCCAUGGUGAUCUCUCUACAGAAGUUGUCAAACCAUUUGACAUUGCUGAUUCCCCGUACUGCGGACACCAAAGAGAAAUUACUCAAGGACCUCCGAUACCUCAAGGCGGCUAUGCCCGACAAAUGGCAAGAGCUGUACAGCAACCGAGACUCACUUCUGAACAUCGCCAAUCCCGAGUACUGUGGCAAAUGGGCAAUCUUGAAGAAGCUCUUGCGCUUUUGGCAUGGCAGUGGUGACAAAGUGCUGGUCUUCUCACACAGCGUUCGACUGCUGAAAAUCCUCCAGUCCUUGUUCCAUAACACCAGUUACAGCGUUAGCUACUUGGACGGAUCUCUAUCCUACGAAGAACGACAGAACACUGUUGACGACUUCAACUCGGACCCCAACCAGUUCGUAUUCUUGAUAUCCACAAAGGCAGGAGGUGUCGGCCUCAACAUCACAUCUGCCAACAAAGUUAUCAUUAUGGAUCCACAUUGGAACCCAUCCUACGACCUUCAGGCCCAGGAUCGAGCGUACAGAAUUGGUCAGGUACGCGACGUGGAAGUCUACCGACUCAUUUCUGCAGGUACCAUCGAGGAAAUCACCUAUGCACGGCAAAUUUACAAGCAGCAACAAGCAAACAUUGGCUACACCGCAUCCAAAGAACGUCGCUAUUUCAAAGGUGUCCAACAGGAUAGCGACCGGAAGGGGGAGAUCUUCGGUAUUGAGAACUUGUUCUCUUACCGCGGCGAUCAAGUUGUUCUACGAGAAAUCGUCAAUAAGACCAACAUUGCCGAGGCAAGAGUCGGAGUCAACCUCGUGGACAUCGACAUGGAAAAGGCGCUGGAAGACGACGACGACACUCAGCUGUUCAAGAAGGAAGAAGCGGACGAUGCAGGCGGGCUGGGCUCACUGGCAGCUUAUCUUACCAAGGAUGAAAAGGAGAGAUUAGAACUUAAGUCCGCUCAGAAAUCCAAGACCGAUCCGAUUCACGGUAUCCUCGCGUCAGUUGGAGUGGAGUACACCCACGAAAACUCCGAGGUAGUCGGCUCGUCCAAAGUCGAGGAACAGCUGUCCCGGCGCGCGCAACUUGAGGGCAGUCAAGAUCUGAACCCCACGGGCAGAGCACUCUUCUUCGACAGCCAGGAAAAUGCUGACGGUAUGGGGGAUCGCGAUAGCCUCAUAUAUCGGUAUAAUCCCCCGGAAUAUGUCAUGCAACGCCAGUUUUGUACAAUGGCCAAGACUUUCAACUUUCCCAACGCCACUGAGUUUGCCCUGGUCGUGGAAGGGUUGACGCAGGAGCAACGGAGAAAUAUGCUGGAUAUGUUCUACAAGAAGAGAGUAGAACGGCUAAAGGAGCUGGGCGAGGUGAAGUCCGAGGGAGAAGAGAAGCUUCGUGUUGAUAUGACGGAUGAGUUGAAGGGGGAGACGAAGAUAAAGGACGAGGAUGAGAAGCAGCAUAUGAUGCCGACUGAAAAUGUGGUGGAAAACGAAAUAAAAGAUGAAGUUAGGGCUACGUCUUUCAGCAGCGACAUGAAAAUUAAUAAUGAAGAACCGGCAAUUGUGAUUGUCAAUAAGCCAUUGGGAUCAAUUUGGCUAUCAGAUAGCGAGGAAACGGAUGAGUUGUGAGGCAACGGCAUGAUACCCUAGGAUUGGGAGGAGUUGAUUGGUUUGCGCAUUACAUCAUUUUCUUGAC